AUGGGCACGAAAAAUAACAUAAAUAAACCACCACCGCGUAAUUUGCGAAAAGAGGGAAGGAUUAAAAAACGAACUUUAUCUUCGAUAUUACACAAAAAUGGGAUUUUAAAACCUAAUCAAUUAGUAAUACAUGGUAAAGAUCUAUCUAAAAAGAAACAGAAAAGGAUAGAAAGGAGGUUUCGAUUUGAAUUACGUAGACGUGUUGAACAAGGUGAAAUGGUGCCAGAAAAACUAAUCAAUGCAGAUGUGCCAUCAAACAUUGAUAGUCAACAAACCAUAGAAAUGGAUAUUGUAUCGUUAGGAACUGGUACUAUAUUAGGUGCACCUUCUCUCAAACCUGAUCAAAUUAAUGUGGAUAACUAUUAA